CCCGACAAAAGGACGAGAGUGACGGCAGGGCGCUCGGCUUCAACAUGGAACCCCGGCGACCGCUCGCAGCGCCGGGCCGCACGUGGUUGCGCGUGACGCUCGCCCUGCUCGGUCUUCUGGCCGGCAGCUCCGCCCACCGGGUCAACAGGGUCAAGCGGGGCUGGGUGUGGAACCAGUUUUUCGUGCUGGAGGAGUACACCGGGCUCGACCCGCUUUACAUCGGCAAGCUCCACUCCGACAUGGACAAGGGCGACGGCUCCAUCAAGUACAUCCUGACGGGCGACGGCGCCGGCUCCACCUUCACCAUCGACGACAGCACCGGCGACAUCCACGCCAUCCAGAGGCUGGACCGGGAAGUGAAGGCCCAGUACGCGCUCCGAGCCCAGGCCCGCCACCGCCUGACCGACCGGCCCCUGGAACCCGAGUCGGAGUUCAUCGUCAAGAUCCAGGACAUCAACGACAACGAGCCCAAGUUUUUGGACGGACCCUACCGGGCGUCGGUGCCUGAGAUGUCCAGAAUAGGGACGUCCGUGAUCCAGCUGUCCGCCAGCGACGCCGACGACCCGACGUACGGCAACAGCGCCCGGGUGGUCUACAGCAUCCUGGAGGGUCAGCCCUACUUCUCGGUGGACGCCAAGACCGGCGUGGUCCGCGUGUCCUUGGCCGACAUGGAUCGGGAGAUGAGGGAGAACUACACGGUGGUCAUCCAGGCCAAAGACAUGGGCGGCCAGCUGGGCGGCCUGGCCGGGACCACCACUCUCAGCAUCUCGCUCAGCGACGUCAACGACAACCCGCCCGUCUUCGAGCAAAGGUUGUACCAGAUGAGCGUGCCAGAGUCUGCAUCAGUGGACGCGGAGGUGGGCCGCAUCUGGGCCAUGGACCGGGAUGCGGGAGUCAACGCCGAGAUGACGUACCGCGUCAUCGACGGCGACGGGAGGGACACCUUCGACAUCGUCACGGACCCCAGCAGCAGAUUUGGCAUCAUCACGGUGAAGAAGCCGCUCGACUUUGAGGGCAAGGCCAGCUACACCCUGAAGGUGGAGGGCGCCAACACGCACCCGGACCACGCCUACCGCCAGGGCGGCCCCUUCAAGGACGUCACCAUCGUGCACGUGAGCGUGGACGACGUGGACGAGCCUCCCGUCUUCGACCUGGCGGCGUACCAGGCGACGCUGCCGGAGGACGCCGGCAUCGGGACCGUCGUGAGGACGGUGUCGGCCAGGGACCCCGACGCUGCCAACAACACCGUCAGGUUCUCCAUCGAGAGGUCCACAGACCCGGACCGCUUCUUCUACAUCGACAUCAGGUCCGGGGCGCUGACCACGCUGCGCCGGCUGGACCGCGAGCAGCUGGGCUGGCACAACAUCAGCGUGCUGGCCAUGGAGAUGAAAAACCCCUCGCAGAUCUCCAGCGUCGCCGUGGCGAUCCGCAUCCAGGACGUGAACGACAACGCUCCGUCCCUGACCGACUACCUGGAGGCCUACGUGUGCGACCACGCCAAAGCGGGACAGCUCGUCCAGGCGGUGACGGCGGUGGACCCGGACGAGCCCCCCGCUGGACAUCACUUCUCCUACGCCCUGGCACCCCAGGACGCCAGCAACCCCAACUUCACCCUGCGGGACAACCAAGACAACACGGCCUGGAUCCUGACGCGGCGCGGCGGUUGGUCCCAGCGCCAGCAGGCCGUCUUCCACCUCCCCAUCGUGGUGACGGACGGCGAGCAGCCGGUGCAGAGCAGCACUAGCACACUGACGGUGCGCGUGUGCAGCUGCGACGGCGACGGCGAGGUGAUGUCAUGUGACGGCGAGGCCUACGGACUACACAGCAGCCUCAGCAGGGUGGCGCUCAUCGCCAUCUUGGCCUGCAUCUUGGUGCUUCUGGCAGCCAUGGUCCUGCUCAUGCUGUCGCUGCACGCCCAGCGCAAGAAGCCCUUCCUGUGCGACGAGGAGGAGAACGUGCACGAGAACAUCGUGCGCUACGACGACGAAGGCGGCGGCGAGGAGGACACGGAGGCCUUCGACAUCGCCGCCUUGUGGAACCCGUGUGAGGUCCAGCCACACCCGGCCAAGACCCGCCAGGACAUGCUGCCCGAGAUCCAGAGUCUUUCUCGCUACGUCCCCUGCCUUUUGGCCGGGGGCGGAGUCGGGGGCGGGGUCGGGGGCCGGGUCGGAGGCGACAGCAGCAACGUCCAAGGGUACGUCCUGUCCAAGCUCCUGGAGGCCGACAUGGACACGUGCGCCCCGCCCUACGACUCCCUGCAGACCUACGCCUACGAGGGCGAGGGCUCGGUGGCCGAGUCCCUCAGCUCGCUGCAGUCGGGCGCCUCGGGCGGCGACCACGACUACGACCACCUCAACGACUGGGGGCCUCGCUUCAAGAAGCUGGCCGAGAUGUACGGCGUGCUGGAGAGCGGAGGCGCCCCCGUGUGGUAGCGACGCCAAUCCCCUCCGAACUUCUGUCGCAAACUCACCAGAGUCGACCGGACUCGACGGGUCUGGAUCGACACUUACUCACCGCCUCAUCUUAAUUUAUUGCUCUUUAUUUAUGUCGGAGCUCAAUUAUUUCGUCCAGCGCCUUUUACUCCGGCGGCGUGUGCCGCUAACUAGGCACGCCCACGCAGCAUUAAGUGCCAAAUGUAAUAAAAAUAAAGACAUUUUGGAUUUAAAAAAAAAAAAGAAGAAGAAGGAGAAAAAAUACUUUGGAAAAAAAUUAAAAUUUUGUGAGGAUUUUAAUAUUUUUACUUGAAUUUCCUGCGGUGUGUGAAUGUACAUACUUUUGUAUUCUUGCUAAUAAAAAGAUGAGAAAAACAACUUCAAGUAUUUG